AGCUUUACAUACCAUUCUUUCACCCUGCGGAAACUGGUUUUUAUUUGUAUUUUUUGUUGAACUUUCCGAAUUCAGCGGAAGGUGGCACUCAACGGACGCUUCGUUGUUUGUCGCGGCGCGUUGCGUGGGACGCCGCCGUUGCGGUCGUUGGUUGCUGCUGUGUGGGCGUCUGUACGAGCUGACGUUUGAUGGCCGACUUUUCUUUCAUAACAAAGGAACUCUCUUCACAUCGUUUACGAGCACUCUCUCCCAAUUAGAAGGAUGAGGAGAAAAACUCAUGAAAGAAAAGAAACGUAUUUGAGAGGAGCGUGCCAACGUGAUGCAGCGCCGUGCACAAAUGAGACUUGCACUGCCACGUUGCGCCGAUGGGUCUGGCAGUGAUGUUUCGCCGAAUCGCUUAUGGCGAAGAAAAACACCUCCCCGAAGUGCCAGCCGUCGUUAUUACAAUUAUUAUUUUUAUUAUGACUGCUUUCCCGUGAGGGCAUCACGCGGAGCUCCGCGGCUUCAAUGGCGAAUACUCGCACCGCGUUCCUUGGGGUUUUCUGUUCUUCCCGCGCGGCCGCCAAAAAACCUUCUCGAUCUUCUUUGCUGUCCUUCGUCUUCUCUCUUCUCCACGUGCUGCGGUCCCGGGGUGAAACGGCGGUGCGUCGCACCGACAUUCCAUGACCAACAAACGAAACGUGCGAGCACACGAAAGGUUUUCGCAAGCAAGGUAACUCCGCGUUCGCUUACCACAAAUACAUAUCUAUAGUUCAGCUCUUUCCGCAUUUUUUAUCAUCGCAUAUUCGCAACCGCAAAUCAAACCCCUUUCUUUCGGAUAGCCGCGCUACCACGCAUCUCUAUAUCUAUCUACCCUUAUUUAUACAUAUCUCUUGCAAGUGUGCCGAUAGACUUCCCCACACUCUUACCUUGCCAUCAUCGUGCGGCGCCAACAUACGGUCGACCUAUCAGCGCAUACACAAGCCAUCACAGAGAGAGCGAGCGCGGGCGCGUUGCACCCCCCUCCCCCCACCGUCCGUCACCCAACUGAACCCGUCAACUACCCUUUCAUUUAUUCUUUACUCCUCUUCUCUUUCGUUGCUCCUCCCCACGUUUCGUUGGCCGUUGCUCUUUGCGAUCUCUCACCCCCUUUUCUGCGCUGUGUCGUUGCGUUCCGGCUGGUUCACCGGCCCUCGGAAUUUUUUUUUGGGGUCUCUGCGCCUCCUGCUUGUCGUUCCCAAGGUUGAACAGUAGCCUGCCUCCUCCCUCCCCUCCUUUCCUCCUACGAGAAAGACAGACAAUCCCUCCUACGCGCCAUGUCCACACACAUGCCCGGCAGCCGCCCGAUGGGCCUGCCGCAGAACCCGGCCGCGGUGAAGAAGUACUCCGCGGCGGCCUUUACUCCGCAGCCGCCGGCCAAAGUCAUUCUCGAGGACCACUCCCUCGUCGAGGUCUUCCGCCGCUCCGCCGCCUUCCAGAAAAUCAUCGCGUACGUCCAGGGCUGCACCGAGGCCGUUGAGUCCACCCCGAACUUUCGUUGCCUAUCACCGUCCAUUGAGGCGUGCGAUGACACGGCCAAGUACCUCGUGCAGGAGUACUUCCCCUACCUGCAUCAGCUGGUGACGGAGAUCCCACUGGAGGACAUGGCCCAGCAGCGCUUCGGCAACCGCGCGAAGCGCACCUUCCACUCCCGCUUUGAGAGUACGGCGGUGGCGGACAUGGAGAGGCUCGUGCGCACCUUUCCAACCUCAGCGACACGCAGCGACGCGGCGGUGACCGAGCUGGCGACCGAGCUGGCCGCCUACGUCAUGGACUCCUUCGGGAACUCCACCCGCCUUGACUUCGGCAGUGGGCACGAGCUGCACUUUUUCAUCGUCAUGAUGAUCUGCCUCGAGGAGCACGGCGACGGCGGUGGCAGCCUGAGCGCGACACCGACGGUGUUUGUGCCGCUGGAGGUGCCGCCGCCGCCGCCUGUGCCGGAUGCGCAGCGGGCCGAGGUGAAGAAGCGCCGACAGGACUAUGUCUUUUACGUCUUCUACGAGUACAUGCGCUUUGUGCGGCGGCUGCAGAAGCACUACUCCCUCGAGCCAGCUGGGUCGCACGGCGUGUGGGGCCUGGACGACUAUCACCACCUCCCGUACGUCUUCGGCGGCGCGCAGCUCGUGGGGGCUGAGGUGCGGCCGGUGAAGCCGGCGGCGGACAUGGCGGCGAUGAUCAUCCUGCCGAAGCACAUCUGCGACCGCGACAAGGUGGCACAGUUGCGGGACUGCUACUUGUACUUCAGCAUGAUUGCGUGGAUUUUGGAGAACAAGACCGGUCCGUUCCACGAGCACAGCAACAUGCUUUACAACAUCUCUGGCGUCGAGCACUGGGCGAAGAUCUACGGCGGCAUGAUGAAGAUGUUUGCAGCGGAGGUGCUGGCGAAGUUCAACGUGUCGCAGCAUCUCCUGUUUGGGCGCCACCUGCCGUGGAACACGAAGAGGCUGUGA